AUGGAAACUGAUCCAAUGAAUGUUACACAAAAUCAAACUUAAACAAGGCGUCAUUAUCCAAAAGAUGUUUAAGGUUUAAAAUCUGAAUGGUAUGGAAUUGAACAUCAUAUGUACGAGAUUGGAUAAGACAUAUAACGCAAUGAAAGAGAAAUUUUGAAUCUGAGAAAGAAGGAAUUAUUGACUGAAUUGGAUCGUAAAAUGCUUGAAUAAUUGCAAAUUAAACAGAAAGAAUUGGAGUAGAAAUACGAGGAUGCAUAAGAAAUGAAAAGGAGAUAAAUGAAAUUCCAAGAGGAAUAAAGAAAAUUCUUAGAAGACAAAGCUGUAUUACAAAAAGGCAUCUCUUCUAUCUACGACAAAUAAAAAUAAGACUCCUUGAUUAGAGAAAUGGAUUUGAGAUAAUAAAAGUUAGAUUGGGAACAGUAGGCUUUGGAUGAGAAUAGAAGGAGAAUGGAAUAGGAUUUCCUAUAGAGGAGAUUGCAAAAGGAACAAUGGGCUAAAGAAUAAGAUGCAGACCUUAAACUAUCAUAGAUAAGACACUUGGAAGAAAAAGAGAGAUUUAGAAAUGAUUAAAUUGAAAUUCAAGAGUUGAAUAGAAGAAAUGCUGAAAAAGAAUUAAUCAAAGAGGAAAACUACAAAAAUUUCUAUAAACUUUGUUCUCAAAAUCAAGCGUAAUUAUAGAAAAUGCAUAUUGACAAUGUCCUUUAACCUUUAUUGGAAAGACAAGCCUAAUUGGAAUCGAUGAUCUCUAAAAAUAUGGAUGCAUAUUAAAGAAAAUUACUUUAAGAAGAAUUGGAUCGAGUAUUGAGGAGACAAGAAGAAUAUAGAUAAACAUUGAAUGUUAAUAAAAAGAUGUUGGAUGAAAGAGAGUAAGGGAAAGUGCAGGAGAAGAGUGUUAAAUAAGAGUUAAAUAAAUAAAGAUUAGAAGAUAUUUAAAAUUACAACUAAUUCUUAGUUUAAAGGAAGGUUGAUUAAGUAGAAUAACAAAGAUAAUACAAGGAAUAUUUAGAUCAAUAAAGAAUAGAAAAAGAGGAAUAAAGACUGAAACAACUAAGGAUGGGAAGACAAGAAAAAUCUAUGAAUAUGUUGGAUUUACAAGCAUAUAAAAAUUAAGAUGCAUAAUUAAAUGCUAAAAUUAUUGGAUGGUCACCAUAAGUUGGUUAAUUACCACCAAAACAAGAUUACUUAUUAAAAUAACAAUCUCUAGCUUAACUAAAGUAGGAUGAGAUGAAUACAAUUAAUUAAAAUUUGAGUAGUGUUUCUCAAGUGAGUCGUGGAAAUGCUUUAAGGGGAGCAGGAUAAAAUGCUAUUCAUUAAAGUCACAAUCCCCUUACAAAUCCUAUUCCAUUUAAUAAUCAGAAUCCUUACAUAUAGAAAUAAUAUGAAUAAAUGAUUAGACCAAGACCUUAUUGAAAUAUAUUCACAUUAAACAAUAUGUUGUAUAUCAUAUACUCU